ACAGCAAAAAUCUAUAUAAGGGGUGGAACGAGCGCCUUUGCCUCAUUAUCAAACAAAAAUUUUCGGAGAAAGAAAAGAAAGUUGAGUGUGUUAUUCUGCGCACGAGAAGCGGUGGAAAAAGCGAAGAACAAUUGAUUCAAUUUGUGCAAACGUUAUAAAUAUUUUAAAUACUCGACGUAAAAGCAUAAAAAUCAGUGACAGAAAAGCAACGCCCUUGUGUUUGGCCAUUGGACUUACAUUUGUAUUUGGAUUAUACGGAUUUGGAGACAUUUUAGCUGAGGCAAGAUGGGCAAGGACUUUUACAAGAUUCUUGGCAUCGAUAAGAAGGCCACCGAUGACGAGAUCAAGAAGGCCUACCGCAAGCUGGCUCUGAAGUACCAUCCGGACAAGAACAAGAGUCCGCAGGCGGAGGAACGCUUCAAGGAGAUCGCGGAGGCGUACGAGGUGUUGUCGGACAAGAAGAAGCGCGACAUAUUCGACAAAUACGGCGAGGAUGGACUGAAGGGCGGCACCCCGGGCCCAGAUGGCAGCAGCCAGCCAGGGGCCUACACCUAUCAGUUCCACGGUGACCCAAGGGCCACCUUUGCGCAAUUCUUUGGGUCGUCGGAUCCCUUCGGAGUGUUCUUUGGCGGCGGUGACAACAUGUUUGGCGUCCAAUCUAGCGGCGGCAACAGCGAUGUCUUCAUGAGUCCCGAGGACAUGUUCGGCGGCGGCGCCUUCGCCGGCAAUCCCAUGGCCGGUGCCUUCCGCUCGCAAUCGUUUAAUGCCCAGGCGCCCAGUAGAAAGCGCCAGCAAACACAGGACCCACCCAUCGAACACGACCUGUAUGUCACACUGGAGGAGGUGGACAAGGGCUGCACCAAGAAGAUGAAGAUUUCAAGGAUGGCCUCAGGCAACGCUGGACCGUACAAGGAGGAGAAGGUGCUGAGCAUAACGGUGAAGCCUGGCUGGAAAGCGGGCACCAAGAUAACCUUCCCCAAGGAGGGCGACGCAACGCCCAACAAGAUCCCGGCGGACAUCAUCUUUAUCAUCCGGGACAAGCCGCACUCGCAGUUCAAGCGUGAGGGCAGCGAUUUGCGCUACACCGCCCAGGUCAGUCUGAAGCAGGCGCUUUGCGGAGCCCCCAUAACUGUGCCCACGCUGCAAGGCGACAGGAUUCCAGUGAAUCCCAGCGGCGAGAUUCUUAAGCCCACUACCACGAGACGCAUCAGUGGGCGCGGCCUACCCUUCCCUAAAGAGCCGUCACGGCGUGGCGAUCUGCUCGUGGCCUUCGACAUCAAGUUCCCCGACACACUGCCGUCCAGCGUGCGUAACCAGAUGGCGGAGCUGCUGCCGAAUUAGGCAUAGGCGGGAAUUUCUACUGUUAUCACCCUAGUUAAGGCCUAUAUUUAGUUGAUUUAACACGUAAGAAGUAACAAUCUAAUGAAGGCGAAGACAACAGUGUGCCAAGCGAACAGCUGUAUAUAUAGCCGAGCGAAUUCAGACGCUAGAUAAGAUAGGGAAGAAAACACAUACUUGAGCGCAUGCUUUGUGUUUUGGAGACUGAUUGAGAUUUGAACAAUAUUUAUCCUAGAGCACCAAUUCCACAUAUACCCCCAAAUUCAAAUCUCCUUAUAUAUUUAUUUAAGACCCACACAUCCGAAAGAUAAGAAAUAAAAGGUAUUAUAAAUUGAAAGUAA